AUGGCCUCCGCGACGCCCGUCGAAGACACCAUCCGCGAAAAGCUCACGAACGCCUUGGCCCCAACAACGCUGGUCAUCCGCAACGACUCGCAUCUGCAUGCGCAUCAUGCGCCCAUGCAGGGAUCGACGUCGAAAGAGACGCAUUUCCAUGUGACGAUUACCUCGCCCGAGUUCCAGUCGAAAAUGCAGCCCGCGCGCCAUCGGAUGGUCUACGCCCUGCUGAAGGAGGAGAUGAGUCAGGAGGGAGGCAUCCAUGCGUUACAGUUGCGGACGAGGACGCCUGAAGAGGAGCAGCGCGAGAAGGAGCGGAAGAACCAGGCUUGA